GGCCAAACUGGGAGUAAACUGGGGUUUGAGAAUCGUUUUAAGGCUCCCGUCCCGUCAGGAUUCUUCAGGUGGUUGAACAGAGAUGACUGACUUACUGCAGCUGGUGUCAGAGGAGGACAGACGGACCUACCCUGUUCUGUCCCAGCUCUCUAAAGACGAUAUUGACUGCAUAUGGGCAGAUGUAUCCGCCUACAUUGAACGUCAGAUGACCUUACAGAAAGGGGUCAACCUGCCAGGACUGGGAACCUUCACCUUCUCUCAGCAGAAGUUGGACAUUGGAAAUAGAUUCACAGUGAUCCAGCGACCCGUCUUCAUCCUGGCUGGGAAACUGGUCCAGGCUCUGAGUUUAAAACAGACCAGACCGCUGGCUGCAGGUGAUUUACCGGUGGUGCAGGUGAACUUUGCAGCUAUUUCACAAGAGACUCCUUUCAGUCGAGACGUCGUGGAGGGCUGCGUUAGAGAAACACUUCUUCUGCUCUUCAAAGCUUUGGCCUCCGCAAAAAACGUAUUCCUCACGUUCGAGGGAAUUGGAGUUCUAUCUUUUAAGAACAACAAGGUGCAGAUGAAAUUCAACAGAGAUUUCAUUAAUGCCAUGGAUGGAACUGGUAGACUGCAGCUAGCAUUGAACAAUAGACGUGGCAGCAGUGUUUCUUUACUGUCGGGCGGACUGUCCAGGCUUCAAAGGCCACAGACUACCAACUUCAUCACUCUGCCAACUGUCUGCUCUCCUCAGUCACACAACAAAGCCGGUGACAAAGAUGGACGGUGUUCAUCACCAGCUCCAGACCAGAGGAACGCAGGAGGAGUUCCCCAACAGAGAGAAUCUAAAUCCCAUCAGACACUGCAGCCUGCCAAGAUGAAAGCUGUCAGCCUAUCUGAAGAACUAAAUCCAAACCCCCCUAUGGAGGCCACAGACAAGGCCACCAACUCCAAGUCAGAACAAGUGGUGCCUCCAAAACUGGAGGAACGUCUCUUGGAUGUGAGCUGCUCUGGACACACCCGUGCUGGACAGGAGUUGUGCUACCUUUGCAUGCAGCGAGCCCAAAGAAAUGUUCCGGUGUAUCUGAGGGAGCAGCAGCAGGCAGAGGAGAAAGCUCAGGAGAAACUCUUACUGUUAAAAGAACAACAGAGAGACCAGCAGUACAUGGAGGAGGAACAGGUAAAGCUAAAGGAACAACGUGAGCAUGCAAAGCAGGUUGCUGCACUCAACCUUCAACUGUCAGAGAAGAAAGAGAAGAUUGAUGGUGAAGUGCAUCCCAAUUCAUUCAUAUUCCCGACUCGGCCCCUCACACCUCCCAGGAGGAUUCAGCAGCAUCGAUACAUGAGCGAUCUUCAGAGCCAGAUAGGGAGACGCCGGAAACACGAAGCAGAAGACCAGCAGAACCGUCUUGUGAUAGAGUGCCUAGACCAGGUCCAACUGACCCAGGAGAUAGCUUUGAGGAAGGCUCAGCAGCUCCAGCAGAAACAGGAGAAAGCCAGGCAUUACAAGAGGGCUCUGGACACUCAGGUGGGGGAUAAGAAGUGCACUGAACCUCCAGAGUUCCAGCCUGACACCUCCAGGUUCAGCCGCUGUAAGACAGCAGCCAGCAACACAGAGAGCCGAGACAGAGCACAGAAGCUCUUCCAGGUGAAUUUCACUGCUGCUGCUGAGAGGAAAAAAGAAGAACUGCACAACCGCCAGCAACAGCUGGAGAAAGAAAGAGAGAUGCUGCAACACAACAAAAUGGAGUUAAUAUUGGACCGCAUUCAUCGCUUUGAGAAGAAGCGAGACAUCAGUAAGUCGCUAGAAGACGAUUGGAGUCGCAGUGCGACGCUCAAACACAAGCGAGAAGAAGAGGAGAGACGAUUCCUGAGGUCUGCUGGUCAGCUCCUGGUAGAUAAGCUUGCAGAGUACAAGCGUUGCUGCCAGUGUAAGAGGAGGACCACCAACUGUGGAGAGACCAACAUCUGGAAAGAGUCUCAUUACCUCUCUGGCUCACAGUUCAUGAUCUGAUGAUGAACAGUGAAGCCUGCAGCACCAUUUGAACAUCAGUACGUCACAACCUAAACAAGACCUCAACGCCUCAACUCAUCACGUGACAGCCACUAAACAUCUAAAUGAUAUGUUCUGCAUAUAUGAAGCAUACUUUGGUGUUGUGAUUUGCAGUGCUAUUUGUUGUUUUAAUCACUCCUUUCUUCAAUCAGUCUUUGGAGUUCAUGCUUGUUACACUUUAAUCUUCUAUAUUUUGUUGAUUAUAUGUCCCAUGAUUGCAUGCUACAGAUGUCAGCAUAACAUCAUCUCUCAGUCGCUCAUAUAUUUUGCUGAAACACACAAAGAAGCUCCGGAUUUGCAAAAUGUCUGUGCUAACAUGUCCUGGUGGCCUUCAUGGUUAGGGCUUAUGCCACAUUCACACCUUGAUUCCAGUUGACAUCAGAGCUGUGUUGCCUCUUGUUCCCGUCACCCAUCCAUGUCUAUCUCUGCAUGGUCUAUCUAAUAAACAGCAAAACGGUGAAGUUAACACUGUGUACAAAGUUAA